UCAUACGUCACAAUGACUGACAGUUGACAGCUGUCAACACCAUUUGGACCAUCGAUAAAGUUAUUAUUAAAACCACAAAACAAUGUCGUCUUUAAUUAAAUCCGCCAAAAUUACCCAGUUGAGUUUAAAAUACAACCCCGUUUUAGUAACUGCAGUCAGAAAUCACUGGAACAAGGACUAUAAACCAGGCCCGUACCCCCGCACUGAAGAAGAAAAGCUUAAGGCGGCGGAGAAGUACGGUUUGCACCCUUCUGAGUAUAAAUUGUAUCCCAAUGAUGGGACCGGCUGGGGCGACUAUCCAAAAUUGCCGGAGGUCGGGGCGGACAGCAAAGACCCCUACUACCCGUGGGAUAACCCUGAGCUUAAGCGCAACUUUAACGAACCCAUGCAUGCCGAAUUUGACUUGAUGAGGGAGGACCGCUACAAUGUGAGUGCACGUCUGAGGUACUCGUUGCGCACGCAGUGGUUGCAGUUCUUGGGGGUGAUGUUCGGAACGUUCGGGAUUUAUUGUAUUUUUGAAAAAUUCAAAAUGUUUCACCCGCUUGUCCCCAGACAGUACCCCAUUGACGGUAAAAAACACUACACUUUUGAAACAGAGUAGUUGUAAAUAGUAAGAAUAAAGUGGUAGAAAGAC